GACUCUGAUAAAUAUUGAUAAUGCCAGUUUUAUACGAUCCUUACCUUCCACCAAUCCAGCUCAAUGAACACACCCGACAAAAGCUUUUACUCGAAAUUGAAAACAUGAAAAAAGCUCACAAUUUAGUGCAAGGCAAGCCAGUUAGCGUAAAGGUCUCCGUCGCAGAAGAACUUCUAGUUGACGUUCACUACAGAGACUUCAAAGCCAUCGGCAUUGCUUUUCAAAGAGAAACUUUGAACGAGCAUGGAGCGAUCGUAAACAUCUUGCAAUCCAACCAAGAAAACUCUGAAGGACUCAGCUGGGUUUGCCCGGAAUUCCAAGCCAGAGAUUGGAUCAAUCUUCUCAUCGAUGCGACUCAAGGUAGAAUCACCCAUUUGAAGUUCUACGCGAACAACACUUUUAAUGUUCAUUCCGUUAGAAAUUGCCUAAGAGGACAUAUUAUUGAGCAAUUUGUAAUUGAUGUCAAUUGUCGAAACAUUGAAGAAAUUAUUUCUGCAUUUCCCGAGAUACAGUCUUUAACCUUGCAUCACCAAUCAAGAGAUCUGGUGAGGUUGAAAUCAGUAUGGACUCCGGAAAUGUUCCGCAUGGCUUCUGUUAAGCUUGUCAGAGUUGCUAUACACCUCGAAGAAGUCCUAGACUUGGAUUUGAGUUGUGGGCGAUUUUGGAACUCUCACCUCACCAAUCAAGAUAUCAAUACGUUUUUUAAAAAAUGGGCCAAUGGAUGGAACCGUAAUCUGCAAUGCAUUUGCCUUGAAUACGAUGAUGUGGAACUAGAGUUCAAGGAACCUGUCAUUUUUCGUGGAAUCGAUUAUCAACGGUUGACAAAGGCGGCAGCACGUUUAUUGAACUGUGAGCUGCUACCAGAAAUUAUGGGCUACGAAUCGCUUAACGGAGGAUUCAAAAUAGAAAGAUCCGAUGGAACAAUCGCAACAAUUCAUAUGCAAGGCUCAAAAUUGGAUAUGAUUGUCUGGGAUUAUUGAUUUUUUAAGUCGCAGAGAGCUCGUUGAUUAAGAAUUUGAACAACUGGAACUGUGUGAUAUACUCUUACUAAAAAAAAAACUGUUUUUUUUUCAAAAGCACACAUUAUUUCGUGUUGCAAGCAAUCAUUACAUUCCUUUUUUUAAACCAUUUCCACAGAAUAUGUAUUAAUUUAUAUUUACGCAUAACCUCCCAAUAUUUAUAACUACACUCAACUAUUUUCAAUUGAAAAGUGACUUUUCACGUAACCUGUUGAGAAAGAACACCUAAUAAAACUUUUAUUGAA